GGCUCUGAAUUUCUGCAGAGGGUGACGUUGUUUUUGUGUUUUAGCAAUACAAAUUAAUGUUUUAGUAGGAAAAUAGGGAUGGAUAGUCAAAAAUACACCCUCUCAUCCCUUAAACAGGAUAUUGUGGACAACAAUCUUCACGUAAAAGCAAUAAUUCAGGAUAUUCUUGCCUUUCGUGGCUCUCUGGCGGAUUUGGAGAAUCUCAAUGAGGCGGGAAGAGCAAAAAUUUCAGCCCUGAGAAAAUGUAUUGAGCGACUGGAUGACUGGGCGAGAGAUGAGGGGGAUCCAGAAGUGGCCAAAGAUGUAGAUUCGCACAGGCAGCAGCUAACAAGGACACUUCAGGCCUUCCGGAAGGCAAAUGUGUCCACAAUGCUGGAAAUUGAGAAGGCUGACAAGCAGGAAUUGCUCACACCGUCCGGAGACAGUGAAUUGCGUCAGAGAGGAAAGACUCGCCUAAAUCGUUCUAGUUUGAUUUCCCAGCAGGAGAGUGUGACUGAGAAGAUGCUCUCAAUCUCACGACAUCUGUCCGAGACAACGCAGAAGAGUGCUGCCACGCUGGACACACUCAUUGCCUCCUCAUCUAGUGUCCAGGGCACACGGGAUGAGCUCCUCAACACCGGUGGGACAAUCACACAAUCCGGAAAGUUGCUCAAUAAAUACGGACGUCGUGAGUGCACUGAUAAAAUUAUCCUCCUGUUCGCCUUCAUCUUCUUCCUGGCGUGCGUCUUCUACAUCGUCCAGAAGAGGCUCUUCUAAACCUCGCCAAUCAUUCCGUGUGCACCCUUCCUUCCCCAUCCUCCGUAAAGUUUCUCCGCUGCUCACCAGGACACAAUCCCUGAUUCCCUCGAUGGGAGAUUACGUCCUCAAGUCCAUGCACUGGAUGGAAAGUAAAAAAAAAUCUAUCUAUUCUGUUGAAAUGUAGAAUUUCCAGCAAAACAUUCUCUAUAAAAAAUUGUGAUUUUAUUAAGAGAUUUCAUAAUUAAUAAACUUUUAAAUUAUUCAAAA